AGAUCCCGAUGCUCACGGUCAAAUCGUAGCUUGUGAGGAACGAAAGAAUGCCUGCGGUGACCGGAGAAGCGCCCUUACUGAACGGGGGCAGAAGAGAAGAGCAGCGUCCCUGUAAACAGUCCCUUCCCGGGUCCCUAUGCCGAGAGUCCCACUGGAAGUGCCUGCUCCUCACGCUGCUGAUGUUCGGCUGUUUCGCCACACUGGGAUGGUGCUCUUUUUACCGCGUCACUGUCAUGGCUGCCGAUGAACACGGCCUCUACUACGGCGUCCGCGCCCGCCUCUACCAUGACAGCCCCUGCUCCAACGGCUACGUCUACAUCCCGGUGGCCUUCCUGAUCAUGCUGUACCUGGUCUACCUGGUGGAGUGCUGGCACUGCUUCUCUAAAACAUCCUCMCUGGCCCGGGUSAGGAUCAGCAAGGUGUACAACAGGGUCCAGAGGCUYCAGCAGGCCAUGCCCUGUAUCUGGUGGAAGGCCAUCAGCUAUCACUAUGUGAGACGGACACGGCAGGUGACUCGAUACCGCAAUGGUGACGCUUACACCACCACACAGGUGUACCAUGAGCGGGUCAARACACACYCAGSCAGCUCUGAAUUUGACUAUYCRCYACAUGGUGUKAAGGARGUAUCCAAGGAGCUMCUUGGCCUUCUGGAGCACCCGGCCGUACGCCUUCGUUUCACCAAGUGUUUCAGCUUUGCCAGUGCCCYUGCCGAGGCRGCCUACCUCACUCAGCGCGCACGCUUCUUCGCAGAGAACGAGGGUCUGGAUGACUACAUGGAGGCACGGGAGGGCAUGCACCUGAAGAACGUGGACUUCCGUGAGCACAUGCUGGCCUUUCCUGACCCGGCGUGGCCGCCCUGGUUCUCUCGGCGGCGCAUGUAUUGGCUGAUCUCAGCCCUGAUGUUGUCCUGGCCACUACGUGUGGUGUCGGAGUACCGAACGGCGUAUGUUCACUACCAUGUGGAGAAGCUGUUUGGUGAGAACGAGGAAGUCAAUGACAAUGACAGCACUGAGAUGGGCAACUACCGCUUAGGCCAGGAGAAUGGGCAACGCGGUGGCCCCAGAUUACGUGUCAUAUCGAGGGUCAACACUGUGGACAUCACUGAACUGGAGUGGCACAUUCGCUGUAACCAGCAGAUGGUGCCCAGUUACUCCGAGGCCUUGCUGAUGGACCUGAACACCAAUAACACAACCUCAUUGCCCUCUGCGUUUACCGGGGCAACACAUGUCCCUAUGAGGCGGAGCUCCAGCUACGUCCUACAGAGCUGCCCACGCUGCUGCAGGUCCACCAGCAGCUCCUCGCUCCCCUCGCGAGUCAGGGGAAAUGUGGUAAUGGGGGCAGGAUCUUUGACAUAUGGGACAGUGGGAAGGAUGGGAGGAGGAAGGUUAGCCCUCAGCCGCAGUGGAUUAUCUCUGGGCCGUUUGCACACGAUGCGCCAGGCCUGCCUGUUUCACUCCCGGAGCCUUGGUGCAGGGAUGGGGAGUAGAGGGGAUGAAGGUGGUGGGUUUCUGGGACUGGGCCUCCGCCGGGCUAAUGAAGAAAGCAGAGGGGUCCUGGAGUCAGAAGGAUAUGAAGAGGACGAAAAUAGUCUGCAGCUAGAGGAGGAUAGAGAGCAGGAACUAGAGAGAGUGAGGACCGAGAUCAUGCAGGGAGUGGCCUGUGUGACAGAGACACCACCAGCUUAUCAGGAAGCUCUCCACUUGCCUGUGUUGAUUGUCCAUGGUGAGGAGAGCUGUCAUGGAGGGGAGGACCUUGACGCAGGAUAGUCACUGUGAUUGGCAAAGGUGAUGUACAGUAGAGUAGAUAUGCAAAUCUGCUCAGGAUGAUGCAAGAAAUUAGAGAGAGGAGAGGAGAAGAAAACAGGGACAGAGGAAGAAUGUGUGGCGAUAUCGAAAGGGUUGUUAAAGAGAGGGGUAAGGAAGGAGAAAGAAAACAAAUGGAAAAAUCAUGGUUUCCAGACCUGCGAGAAAGCAGUACUGUAUGUGAAAAAUGUGUAGGGAAACAAAACUAUUGUGUCACAGUAGAUUAAAUGACAGUUAUGUAGUUGCUCUUCCUAAAGAGACUGUAAUAUGUGUGUCCCAUUGUCCACAAUGAACAACAAUCGCUUUGUAUCUUUGUUCAUGAAUGUAUGGAAGUAUCAAGGAGCUGCUGAGUUAGCACUUAACAUCAGGAGUAGUUCAUUUUUCACCAAGCUAUUAGAUUAAUUCAAGGGGCACUGUAUAAUGUGUAAAUUUACAGAACUCCCUGUUAGAUGCGGAGCAAAACUCUAAUGCCAAUAAAAAAAUAAGCAAUUACCAUUCCACAAAGAGAGUAUUACCAUUCCACAAAGAGAGUAUUACCAUUCCACAAAGAGAGUAGUCCCAUUCCACAAAGAG